AUGCAUCAGCACGUGAGAGCUCUACUGAAGGAACCUCAUUGGAUCACUAGAGAGCGCUACAAGGGCAAAGGUGACUGUAGUGCAUCGACCAUGUGGGACAACGACGUCUGGUUUAUUUUGCCCGGCAACAGCAAUUGUUCAGAGCCGCACAUUAUUCACGCUGAUUAUAUUCGCCAUCUGGUGCCUGACACCAAGAUUAUUGUCCUCCUCAGAGAGCCAAUCAGUAGGUUGUAUUCUGACUACAUGUUUUUCACGUCGAAACCGUCAAAAGCAAGUUUUCACCAUCUAGUAGUAAAUCAUCUGAAAUUACUCCGAGACUGCUUCAAGCAAUACACUCUUCGACAUUGUGUCUAUAACAAUACUUUACAAAGUCUCGUCAGGGUCCAGUUGGGGUUGUACCACGUGUUCCUGGAGGACUGGCUGCUGCGCUUUCCUCUGUCUCAGAUCCUCGUCAUGCGAAUGGAGGACAUGAGGGACAAUGUCACUAGAGAGAUGCUGAAUGUCUACUCAUUCCUUGGCUUAGAAAAACCCAACAGAAAGACAAUGCUCCAAAUACAGAAGACUCCGAGACAGAACGAGGGAGUAAAGUCUCGGACCUGGGUCCCAUGUGGAAUCACACGUGGAAGCUACUGGAAGAUUUCUAUAGACCGUUUAACGAACGGCUGGCAAUGAUUAUGAAAAACGAACGUUACUUGUGGAAAGAUUGAUUAAAGCCAUGUACUACAAAUA